UCUAAAAAUUAUUAGUUUGAAACCAUGCCUACAUGUUUCCGCUUUCUCUUCUCUGAUCUCUUAGUGUUGUUCCUUCUUUUACUCAUGACCUCUUUGUCUUCUCCGCAGCCACUUUGUCAUCAAGAUGAGAGCUUAGCUCUAAUGCAAUUCAUGGAUAGCUUUAUCAUAUACAAUGAUACUUCAUGUCCUACAUCAUGGAGGGUAGAAGCAGAGCAUGGUAGAUCAGAUUGCUGUUCAUGGGUUGGGGUUGAGUGCGACCCCCACACAGCUCAUGUUAUUGGCCUUGACCUUAGUUUCAACUGUCUCUAUGGUUCUAUCAACUCCAACAGCAGCCUCUUCCGCCUUUCUCAUCUCCGGAGCCUUAAUCUUGCUUAUAUUGACUUCAAUUCUUCUAAAAUCCCAUCUACAAUUGGCAAUCUUUCAAGGCUAACAUAUCUUAAUCUCAGCCAGUCUAAUGUUUCAGUAGAAGUCCCCUCUGAAGUUUCAUACCUCUCCAAGUUGUCGUCUCUUGAUCUGUCUUACAAUAAUGAUUUAUUUUAUAUUGGAAGUCUAACAAGGUUAGUCCAAAACCUAACCUGCCUAGAAGAGAUUCUUCUUACUCAAGUCAACAUAUCAUCCAUAGUACCUGAAAGCUUGGCAAAUUUGUCUUCUUUGAGAACUCUAGAGCUAGAAGGUUGUGGAUUGUACGGGGAGUUCCCAAUUCGAAUAUUUCAGCUACCACAACUACGAGACCUUUGGAUAGGAAACAAUGAAGAUCUCACUGGUCAGUUGCCCGAAUUUCAUUCCUGCACUGUCCUUCAAGCUUUAUUGCUUUCUUACACAAGUUUCUCUGGAUCGAUCCCAAAUUCUCUCUGGAACCUUACCCAACUCACUCUUCUGGACCUCUCAGGGAACUCGUUCGACAAUUUGUCAUGCCUCACCAAAGCCAGUUCUAAUCACACUUUUCCACGUUUACAAUAUCUAGGAUUGUCUUCUCUCAACUUAACAAAGUUCCCGAAUUUCCUACGAAACCAGAACAAACUUUUGCAUCUAGAAAACCUUCAAGAUUUAUAUAUUUCUUACAACUUUCUCACAGGCUUUGAAAAUUCUCGAGAUGUUCUUCCCUGGCCUAAUCUACAAAAGUUGGACCUCCAAAAUAGCAAGUUGCAAGGAUUGUUCUUGAUUUCUCUACUUGCACCAUCUAUUCAAGUUUUAUAUCUUUCUAACAACUUUCUUACAGGCUUAGAAAAUUCUCAAGAUGUUCUUCCCUGGCCUAAUCUACGAAUAUUGGACCUCCGAAAUAACAGGCUGCAAGGAUCGUUCCUGAUUUCUCAAAUUCCACCAUCUAUUCAAAAGUUAUAUCUCUCUAACAACUUUCUCACAGGCUUUGAAAAUUCUCGAGAUGUUCUUCCCUGGCCUAAUCUACGAGAGUUGUACCUUGAGAACAAUAGCCUACAAGGGUAUCUCCCGAUUCCACCGCCAUAUGUCCAAUAUUAUCAAGUCAAUAAAAAUGCAUUUACGGGAGAAAUUCCACCGUUGUUUUGCAAUCUGAGUUCACUUUAUAUGCUUGAUUUUUCCUAUAACAAUUUGAGCGGCGAGCUGCACCCAUGUUUCUGCAACUUAAGCCAGUCUAUACUAGCACUCGAACUACGAAGCAAUAACAUCGGUGGAACCAUCCCAGAUGCAUGGGCAAAUGGGUGCAAUUUAAGGAUUCUUGACUUGAGUCACAACCAAUUACAAGGCCGGCUCCCAAGAUCAUUGGCCAAUUGUAAGGAGUUAGAGUAUCUUGAUGUUGGUUACAAUAAGAUCCAUGAUACCUUUCCCUUAUGGUUAGGAACUCUUUCCAAGCUAAAGAUUUUCAUUCUUCGCUCUAAUGGAUUUUACAGUGCAAUAAGAAAUAUCCAAAUCAAUUGCACACUCUCCAACUUGCAUAUCAUCGAUCUCUCCCACAACAAUUUCUCUGGAGAUUUGCCCGCAGAAUGCUUCCAACGGUGGAACACCAUGAAAUUAUUUGGUGCAAAAGAGUUUAAAUACUUGGAUUACUAUUCUGGCUUCAGUUACUCAAUUACACUAACAACCAAGGGUAUAGAGUUGAAGUAUGAGAAGAUCCAAGAUGAACUCAUAGUCAUUGAUUUAUCAUGCAACAAAUUUGAAGGAGAAAUUCCAGAAGUAGUGGGAAAUCUAAAAGGACUACACAUUCUCAAUUUCUCCAACAAUGCUCUCUCCGGUCAUAUCCCAUCAUCGUUGGCGAACUUGAAAGAACUAGAAUCAUUGGAUCUUUCUCAAAAUAAGUUGUUUGGAGAAAUACCCCCACAACUCGUCCAACUCACUUUCCUGGCGAUCUUUAAAGUGUUCAACAAUUGUCUCAUAGGUCCCAUACCACAUGGAAAUCAAUUUGAGAUAUUUCCGAACAGUUCUUUCGACGGUAACCCAGCAUUAUGUGAAAGGUCAUUGUCAAAAGCAUGUGGAGAUUCACUGCCUAAACCUCCAAAUGAAGGAAAUCAAGGUUUAGUAUCUCCAUUUGAAUUUGGGUGGAAAGUAGUUGCGAUCGGGUACGGGUGUGGAUUUGUAAUAGAAAUUGUUAUUGGACAAUGGAUAAUUGCAAGGAAGCAAGAUUGGUUUGUAAAUACCUUUAGAAUUAAGAAGUAG